UCCCUCUCCUUCCCCCUUAUGAACCCAUACCCCUUCAAACUCAACAAACUCUGUUUUCUCAAAGAAAAAGCCUCCAUUUUUGUUCCAUUCCCAAUUCAAAUUUGAUUUUUUUCAACAAACCCACAUGCUCAAAUUAAUCCUUAUAGUCGCUUCCGCCACCAUUUUUGUUCUUCUCCUACUUUCCAUCUUCUUUUUCCGCCAUAAGCUCUCCAAAUCAAACCACAGACACGACAUCGAAAACCCGUCGCCGGACAACAACCAGAAAAAACAAGACACAACGGCAGCGACGGUGGAGGAGCUAACCACUUUUCAAGGCGGCGAGGAUUUGACGAUCGACGAGAUUCUAGAAGCUCCGGGAGAAGUGAUCGGAAAAUACCACUAUGGAACUCUAUACAAGGCUUCCUUACAGAGUACACAGAGAGCUACACUACUCAUGUUCCUCCGUCCUGCCGCCGUGGAAUCUAGUGUAGACGACGUCGUUCGGUUUCUGGGUUCGAUCCGGCACCGGAAUUUGGUGCCGAUGUUGGGAUUUUACGCCGGCGGGAGAGGCGAGAGACUUCUGGUUCAUCCGUUUUAUGGCAGAGGGAAUCUGUCAGAGUUCAUUACAGUGGGAGAAUCAGAAUCAAAAAAUUGGGAAAUCAUCUACAAAAUCUCUCUCGGAAUCGCGAAAGCCCUAGAUCAUCUCCACCAUGGAUUACCAAAACCAGUACCGCACGGAAAUCUCAAGCCCAUGAACAUUUUUCUCGAUCCAAAUUUCGAGCCGUACGUCUCCGAUUUCGGCCUCCAUCUCCUCCUCAACGCCGCCGCAACUCGAGAAUUGCUCCAAGCUUCCUCCGCCUCCGGCUACAAUGCGCCGGAACUGGUUAAGAUGACAGACGCCGACGAACGGACCGACGUCUAUAGCUACGGCAAGAUCUUACUCGAGUUGCUCUCCGCCAAAGAGACAAUGAAUCAAACUGCGGUUGCUUGUGGCGGAGACGGCGGCGAUUGCAGUGUUUCGAAAGAGCGGAAUCUCCAAUGCCUUUUUCAGAUCGGCGAGGCUUGUUGUUGUUCUUCGCCGAUUCGGCGGCCGGAUUUCAAGGAAGUUAUUGAGAAGAUUGAAGAAAUCGGAAGGAUUGAGAUGGAUUGAUCGCGGCAAAGAGGGCUAACCGUUACUGUGAGUUGAAUUUUUUAGGAUGAAUUUGAGUAAUUGAUCGAUAUAUUUUUUUAAUUAUUAUUUUUUCUUCAAUCUACAGAAUUUGGAUAUGGCCGAUUUA